CGGGCCCGGCGGCGUUGGGAGAGGAGCAGCAGCGGCGGGGCCCCAUGCGGCGGCCGGGACGGCGCUCUCCGCCGCCCGGCCCCAGCAGCAGAAGCAGCACCACCAGCCGCCGCCGAUGACCUGGACCAGCAGCAUGAGCAGCGGCUACAGCAGCCUGGAGGAGGAGGAGUCCGAGGAGUUCUUCUUCACCGCCCGCACCUCCUUCUUCAGGAGGCCGCCGGGCAAGACCCGGGCCGCCCCGCAAGAUGUUCAGAAGGAGAGAGAACCUCAUGUUUAUCUCAGUAAAGAAGAAGUUAAAGAGAAGAUACAAAGCUAUAAUUCAUCUGUCACUGAUAAAUUAAAGAUGACCUUGAACGCGAAUGGGAUUUACACUGGCUUCAUCAAAGUUCAGAUGGAACUAUGCAGACCAAUCACUGUGCAGUCUUCCCAGAGCCAGGGGAGGUGCGCUCGCAGCAAUAAUGAAACUGCUUUUUACUUGCCGGAGGGCUGCGUGAAUACCCUUCACAUCAGCAGCACCAACACUGUUCGGGAAGUUAUCGAGGCCUUGCUCAAAAAGUUUUUCGUGGCUGACAACCCUGCGAAGUUUGCACUUUAUAAACGCUGUCACAAGGAAGACCAAGUUUAUACAUGCAAGCUGUCAGACCGAGAACAUCCCCUCUACCUGCGUUUGGUGGCAGGCCCCAGAACAGAAAUGCUCAGUUUUGUUCUACGUGAGCAUGAAACUGGAGAAGUCAUGUGGGAAGCUUUUAGUAUUCCUGAACUGCAAAACUUCUUGCGUAUACUGGACAAAGAGGAAAAUGAGCAACUGCAAAUCUUAAAGAAGCGUUACGCAGCUUACAGAGACAAACUUGAAGAAGCCCUUGGUGGGGUGUGGAAACCUGGUUAAAAGGGGGCCAAAGGACACUCAGGAAAAAUGCACGCUACCAAAUGUCAGUAUAGCAUGCCAAAACCAACGUACAAAGAGCAGCAGAGAGUAGUUUUCUUUAUCCAGAAGACUGUUUUGUGAUGCCAGGGUACCUGAAUUUUGCUAUAGACUUAGUUCCGUAAGCCAGGUCACUUAGCAUCUUGCACCCACAAGUAAGGGAUUCUGCAUGUUUGUACAUCAGUUUGCAACCCUCUGUGUGCCUAGAGAGUUUUCCAAGUUACCUUGGUGCAAGCUGUGAAACUCUAAUCAAUUUUCUAGGAUGCUAUGAAAUAGGAUUAUUUUUUUCUUUUUCUUUGCUUUAAUGGUAGCUUUACAAGUAAGGAUGUGCAAAUUGAUGGGUUAAAAAAUUAAUAAAACCAUCUGGACAAGAAUUAGAUGGAGCACUAUCUUUGAGAUGAAAUUGAUUUGCACUACCUUUCUGUUUUCAAAUAGUUACUGUAUAAUUUGUGAGAGAACUGUUGUAGAUGGAAGGCAUAUGAGAUCUUUUGAUUUGUUCUGUGAAAUUUGUGGAAGGCUUUCAAGUGUGUGGUUUUUUUUUUUUCUGGAGAAGGUAAAGAGAAAGUUGAAAAGAAGGUAAGUGUUGAGGGAGGAGAUAACCAUAAUAGCUGACAGAGGAGGACUGGUUUUAAACGGAAAUAGUAUUUAUACAGAGGAAAGUUAAAAUACUAAUUCUACAAGAUUAAAGUUUUAGGAUGUUAGAAUAUUGUGAAUAAGUUUUAUGGUUUUUAAACUGCAUAAAUCCACACUGGAAAAGAAAUAAAGAUAAUAGAAGUAAUGGGAAGGAAUGAGAGGCAAAAGCUAAAAAAGAACGGAAAUAAAGCUGCACAUACAAGUCAUUAUUGGAGAAGCUGGUUCUAUAAAUGCAUAGUGGGGGGUUGAAAAGUGCAGUGAAGCUAAAAAGCUGCUUACUUGAAUUCUGAAAAGUGGUCGAUGUCUCAGAUAACUCUGUGAGAAGUGCCCGUCUAGUAAGUGUUUAGACAUAAGCUAUAACUACAGAUGCAUUUGGUCUUUAUUGCAAGUCAGAUCUUUCCUCUGGCUCAGCGAUCCAUUUUUAGGCUGGAUAAUUUUGAGUUAUCAUAUCUGAAAGACAAAAAUAGCUUCCUCUGCUUCUUUGCUUGUUAAAGGCUCAGUCAGGCAAAGAAAGUAGAAUUUCUUAUUCAUGUUUCCAGCUUAGCAGAAGAUUAACAUUUAUUGGCUGUGUUGGUGACUGAGCUUAGUAACUCUUGCUUUUAGUAAUUCAGUAGGUUUUUUCCUUAUGGUUUUUAAAUUCUUAAUUGAAAAACAGAUUACCAAAUUCUGCAGACUGCUGAUUUACUUGAUUUAAAAGUAGGAAAAAUGUAGCAAGAAAAUUUUUUACUUUACUGUAAAUAUAAUUGUUGUUCUUUCAGAGUUAUUUAUCUUAAAAAGCACGUUCAAAAGAAACCAAAGAAGUGGGUGUGCAAUAGAAGCAUGAGGCAGAUUUGAGUAACUGAUGCUUUAGUCAUUAUGAUGCCAGAGAGGAAAUGAGUUAUAAAUUGGGGGGGGGGGGGGGGGGGCG